UAGUUGGAAGUUCAGGAUUUUUCUGCUGGGACCUCCGCCACAUCAGCGACAAGAUGGUGUUCACUGUUAAAGACAUGACUGUCAAGGCUGGCCAGGAGCUGACCAUCUCUGGCAAAGUCAAAUCUGGCUGUGAACUAUUUUCAAUCAACCUCGGUCAUGACUCUGACACCAUAGUACUUCACUUCAACCCCCGUUUCUGCUACGGCAGCGACAACAACGUCAUCGUGUGUAACUCUAACGUUGGUGGCUGGGGUGAAGAACAGAAGGAGUACAGCUUCCCCUUCCAACAAGGCGGAGAGUUCAAGGUGACCAUCAGCUUCAACAAUGAACAGUUUUACAUCAAACUCCCCAACGGCACAAUGAUGAGCUUUCCUAACCGUAGCGGUGAUGACAGCUUCAAGCACAUUGACGUGCAGGGAGAUGUGAAGGUCCAGGGCAUCAAGCUGAAAUAAAGAGGCUCCACACCUUUAGGCCUAAACCACAACUAUCUUAGUGUAUGUAAGCUGAAGGUCACUGUGAAAGCCCGCCCAUCUGAUGUGUUCAAGAAUGUUCUGUUCUAGAACUAAAUGGUGCUUAAUGUCUGAAAGGAAACCACCACAGUUUGCUAAUAAAAUAAAAAAGGAAUGUAAAUCUUCAAUACAAGCUC